UUCACCUUCGGGAGGCCUCUUAUCUGGAUAUAACUCCUCAAACCCUAGCUCCUUCUACCUUCCAGAUUUCUCUCACUUUCUAUUGCUUUCCGGGAAAAUCCUUGGUACUCUCUUCUUUCCUUCCGUAUCAUAAACACCAUUCCCUAGAUCUCUCCUCAUAGUGUGCGUUUUCUUGUCUCAUCGUCUUUCUUUUCUAUUCACGCUAUUGUACUUCUGUCAAUCUUGAAAUUUUUUUUAAAGAUCUGUAUGGUGUGGUCCGCUUACGGUGCAUAAAUCGAGCGUUCUAAUUUUUUGGUUGUUCUCUUGAAGUUCUUGUUUCGUUGUUAUUUCUUCUGAGUGGUCGGUGUGGGGAUUAGAGAGCGUCGUGGAGUAAGGAGGAGGGGUUUCUCCGGUAUCGGUAGAUCUUCUUCUGCUUCUUUUGAGGGGUAGCCGGGGCCUCGGCCUCGGCGGCUUUAAGCCCCUACCUACACAAACGAACGAGAAUUAAACUGUAUAGAAACCAAACCUUUUUUAUUUAACAGAUCGUCGCGGAGAACAGGAUGCCGGCCCUGGCUUGUUGCGUAGAUGCUGCCGUAGCGCCUCCCGGUUACGCUGCUUUUGCCGGGGAUAGCUCCUUUGCCGCGCCGAUCCCUUUAACCGGUGAACCUCAGGUGUCAAUCACCUCCGCCUCCGCGGAAAUCUCGUCCCAUUGGUCGCCUUCCCUCUCGGCCGCGCUGUACAAGAUUAAUGGCUGGGGAGCGCCGUACUUUUCCGUCAAUUCAUCCGGCAAUAUUUCCGUCCAUCCUCACGGCACCGACACCAUGUCCCACCAGGAGAUCGAUUUGUUGAAAAUUGUGAACAAAGCUUCAGAUCCAAAAGCUGCGGGUGGUCUUGGCUUGCAGCUCCCUCUAAUUGUCCGGUUGCCUGACGUGCUUAAGAACCGUCUAGAGUCCCUCCAGUCAGCUUUCGACUUCGCCAUCCAGUCCCAGGGAUAUGAGUCUCACUACCAAGGUGUGUAUCCCGUGAAAUGCAAUCAGGAUCGUUUUGUUGUCGAGGAUAUUGUGAAAUUCGGAUCCCCUUUCCGCUUCGGAUUGGAAGCUGGGUCGAAACCAGAGCUCCUGCUUGCUAUGAGCUGUUUGUGCAAGGGAAAUCCUGAAGCUCUCUUGGUCUGCAAUGGAUUCAAAGAUGCCGAAUACAUUUCGCUUGCUCUACUAGCCAGAAAGCUUGCUUUGAACACUGUCAUCGUUCUAGAGCAAGAGGAAGAGCUCGAUUUGGUCAUUGAAAUAAGCAAGAAGCUCUCUGUUCUCCCUGUGAUUGGUGUUCGAGCAAAGCUAAGAACAAAGCAUGCGGGUCAUUUUGGCUCUACAUCUGGUGAGAAAGGGAAAUUCGGGUUAACCACUACGCAGAUAUUGCGGGUUGUGAAGAAACUGGUGCAAGUCGGGAUGCUUGAUUGCCUUCAGUUGCUGCAUUUUCAUAUUGGGUCGCAGAUUCCUUCAACAGCCUUACUGACCGACUGCGUUGGUGAGGCUGCGCAGAUUUACUGUGAGUUGGUUCGCCUUGGAGCACACAUGAGAGUCAUUGAUAUUGGGGGUGGUCUGGGAAUCGAUUAUGAUGGAUCCAAAUCAGCAGAUUCAGAUGUUUCUGUUUCUUAUGGGCUGGAAGAAUAUGCAUUAGCUGUUGUGCGAGCGAUAAGGUUCGUUUGUGACCGCAAGAAUGUCAAGCACCCUGUACUUUGCAGCGAAAGUGGCAGAGCUAUUGUUUCUCAUCACUCUGUUUUGAUAUUUGAGGCUGUCUCUGAUAGCAUGUCCAAUGCGCAAGGGAUGAACCCGGUCGGGUUCCAGUACUUCAUUGAGGGUCUGGGUCUGCCUGAGGAUGCUCUCUCAGAUUACCGGAAUCUCACAGCUGCAGCUGUGAGGGGUGAGUAUGAAACAUGUCUCCUCUAUGCAGAUCAGUUAAAGCAGCGUUGUGUUGAUCAGUUCAAAGAAGGGAGCUUAGGCAUUGAAGAACUAGCAGCAGUUGAUGGUCUCUGCGAACUGAUAGCCAACGCAAUCGGUGUUUCCGAUCCUACCCGCACCUACCAUGUGAAUCUUUCUGUUUUCACUUCGAUACCUGAUUUCUGGGGCAUCGAUCAGCUUUUCCCUAUUGUUCCCAUCCACCGUCUUGACCAAAAGCCAGUUAUGAGGGGAAUUUUAUCUGAUUUGACCUGUGACAGUGAUGGGAAGAUUGAUAAAUUCAUCGGUGGGGAGUCAAGCUUGCCGCUGCAUGAGCUGGAAAGUGGUGGAAGGUACUAUUUGGGGAUGUUCUUGGGCGGGGCUUAUGAGGAGGCCCUCGGGGGAGUCCACAAUCUGUUUGGGGGACCUAGCAUAGUCCGUGUGUCUCAGAGCGACGGCCCUCACAGUUUCGCAGUGACGCAUGCUGUUCCUGGCCCGUCCUGCAGGGAUGUCCUUCGGGUGAUGCAGCAUGAGCCCGAGCUGAUGUUUGAGACCCUCAAGCACCGCGCUGAAGAGUUCUGCGGCAGUGGACAAGACGAUGACAGUGAUGGCGAUGAUCAUGGCAUUGGUAAUGCUGCUUUAGCUAGCUGCCUUGCCCGUUCUUUCCACAACAUGCCUUAUCUUGUGCCUGCAUCCACUUGUUCCUUGACUGCUAUGAAUAAUGGUGGUGGCUUUUACUACUGCAAUGGCCAUGGGGAUGAAUACAAUGCUGUUGUUUCUUCUGCUGACUCUGCUUCUGGUGAUGACGAGCAGUGGUCUUACUGUGUUGCUUGAGAGCCCCAUCUUCAAGUGGUUUGUCCAAUUUUCAAUUAUAAUCUAGUUUAGUUCGGUCAACAUUUAAAUUCUUAAUGUCAUUUUUAUUUGAAGGGAAAGAUGGAGAAAAGCAUAAACACAGUGUUUGGCAUUUUGUGAUGAAGGAGGGGUUGGGAAAUCAACUCUUGUUUUUGUAAAUGGGAUUCUUGGUCUCCUCUUUGUAUUUUCUCUGUCUGUUUAUUAGACUUUUGAAGAAAUUGAAGUUGAGCAAUUUUAUAUCGCA